GCGAGGGAAAAAACAAAAUGGCGUUUGGUGGACAAGACGUUAUUGUGGAUAUUACAGUACUGUGUUCUUAAUCAGUACGUGCGUGUACACAAAUGACGUUUUCUAAAAUAAACAUCGUUAAUAAUUGUUUGUAUUUGGAGACAUUAGUCUGAGCGCAUUUUGAAGUUAGGUGUUAGGUUAGCUUGCUAGUUAGCUUAGCUUGCUAAGUUGCUACCUGUAAACAAAGAGACGCGGAAUUUAUCAACAUAUCGCUAAGCAGAGAUCAAGUGUGUUUGUAUAGUGUUGCGAUUGUGUGAAAAUGUGCGAAAGUACGAUAGCAGAGUACGAGGAGGAACUGUGUCCAACAACAAAAGAGGAGAAGGAGCGACAACAUCAGCUAUUGGAUGCUGUUUUCAAGAAACAUCAAGUUGUGUUACACAGAACAGACGUCCAGCAGCCCUCCCACAUUAAAGAGAAAGAUCUCCACCCCCCUUGUGUAAAAGAGGAGGAGGCAGAGCCAUCCCACAUUAAAGAAGAAGAGGAGGAAGUGCGGCUCAGUCAGGAGGAAGAGUGUCUUCUCGGGCAGGAGGGGGCUGAUCUCACCAAGUUUCCACUGACUGUUGUCUCUGUGAAGACUGAAGACCAUGAAGACAAACCACCUGAGUCCUCACAGCAUCUUCACAGUCCAAACGUCUGUAAAGAACAGCUUCUCCCUGAGCAACAGGGGUGGACUUUCAGGAUAGAGCAGGAGGAGUCACAGCGCUCCCACAUUAAAAAAGAAGAUGAGGCGCCAUGUAUCCUCCACUUUAAAAAGGAAGACCCAUUGACCCCCGAAAUUAAAGAAGAAGAGGAGGACCCUCUGACUCAUGAUGUUGAAGAGGAAGAGAAGACGCCCAAGACCCCGCACCUUAAAAAGGAAGAGGAGGAACACAACAUCAGUCAGGAGGGAGAGCAUCUUGAAUGGUUGGAGGAGUUCCCAGUGAUUGGUGUGAUUGUGAAGAGUGAAGAUGAUGAGGUCAAAGGUGAAAGUGAGGAGAAGAGAGAGGUGGAGCCUUCAAGCAGCAGCUCAACUCAACACAUGACAACAGAAGCUGAUGGAGACCUCUGUGGAGGAUCACAAGCAUACAAGCUCUUAGCUCCACUAUCAGAUAGUGACGACACAACGUCACACUCUCCUGACACUGAUGAUGAAGACUCUAAAGCUGAUCAGACAUGUCACACUGACAACACACGCUUGACAUGUUCUCACUGUGACAAAACUUUUAAAUACCAUUGUCGUCUGAAAACCCACAUGAGAAUUCACACCGGAGAAAAAACAUUUGUGUGUUCAGUUUGUGGUAAAAGAUUUUUUCACAAGCAUCAUUUAAAAGGACACACAAGAGUACACACAGGAGAAACACCUUUUACCUGUUCAGUCUGUGGUAAAGGUUUUCCACUAAAUCAGUGUUUGAAAGUACACAUGAGAAUACACACCGGAGAUAAACCUUUUACCUGUUCAAUCUGUGGUAAAGGUCAUAUACAAAGUGCAGAUUUGAAAAAACACAUGAGAAAGCACACUGGCGAAAAACCCUUUUCCUGCACAGAAUGUGGUAAAGGUUUUGUACAAAGUCAAUAUUUAAAAAUACACAUGAGAAUACACACUGGAGAAAAACCUUAUACUUGUUUAAUCUGUGGUAAAAGUUUUCCACGAAGUCAGUGUUUGAAAGUACACACAAGAAUACACACUGGAGAAAAACCUUUUACUUGCACAAUCUGUGGUAAAGGUUUUAUAAAAGGUCAAAAUUUGAAAUUACAUGUGAGAAUACACUCUGGAGAAAAACCUUUUACCUGUACAAUCUGUGGUAAAGGUUGUAUAAAAAGUCAACAUUUGAAAGUACACAUGAGAAUACACACUGGUGAAAAACCAUAUUCCUGUUUGAACUGCAAGAGAAGUUUUUAUGAACAAAAAAACCUUGUAGUGCACAUGAGAAAACACACAGGUGAGAAAGUGUUGAGUUGCAGCGUGUGUGAUGAAAGAUUCUCUUACAAGUACCAGUGUAAGAAACACAAGUGUGCUGGUGAGAACAGCAGCAGCAAAUGAAGCAAAGACUUUGAUAACUUUGACUUUUUAACAGCACAUAUAACAUGUGUGACAUUGUCUGUCUUACACAAUAUCAAGUACAUGCAUUAAUAUGCAACAUUGUGUAUUUUUAUUAAAUAUUGGGAACAAAAUCAAGUUGACUGAAUAGGUGAGAGUAAACAGUACAAAAUAUAUGUGACAUACAAUGAACAUUUUUUACUUAAUCAUAACAGUGUUUUUAUAUCUGUUUUUGAAAUAAUCAAGUGUUAGAUAUUUUCAAGUUUAAUUGUGUAUGAUUCCAUAGAUUAAAUAUUUUAUAUUAUACACAUAUUGGUUUUACAUGUGUUCAUACCUUUGCUUUUGAGUACACAUAGAUCCCUCUUAGUUAAUUUUUACUGGUUCACAUCUGAAACAUCUUCCGGAAACAUAUUAUUGUUUACUUUAUACAUCAUUUGAGCAGUUGUGUUUUAUACCAUGUCAUUUACUUUUAAUCUGUGUUGGCCCUGUGAUGAGGUAGCGACUUGUCCAGGGUGAACCCUGCCUAUCGCUCGAAUGCAGCUGAGAUAGGCUGCAUUUGACUGCAUUGGAGGUGAGGGGAGCAGUGAGCAGCAGCGGUGGCCGCCCCCGGGAUUCAUUUUUGGUGAUUUAACCCCCAAUUCCAACCCUUGAUGCUGAGUGCCAAGCAGGGAGGUAAUGGGUCCCAUUUUUAUAGCCUUUGGUAUGACGUAUUACAUGUACACUCAUCUGUACAUUUUAUUUAAAAUCAAUACAGGAUAUAUAUUUAUAUUUA